UGUAUCAUAUAUUCAUCAAGAGAAAAGAAAAAGAAAGAAAAAACAUUACCAAAUACAAAACAAUAGAUAUAAUAUGUCUGUGAGUAACUCAUCAUCACUGGUUCUAAUCACCUUGAUAUUGGCCACGUCGUGCCUAGUCUCCGAGAGCCGGAUUGCAAGAAAGGAUUUGGGUUUGGACCUUGGCGGGAUAGGUAUAGGGAUCGGUACUGGUAUCGGCAUAGGUCUCGGUGGAGGUGGUUCCGGGUCCGGAGCUGGUGCCGGGUCAGGAUCAGGAGGAGGAGGAGGUUCAAGCUCUUCUUCCUCAUCUAGCUCCAGCAGUUCUUCGAGCUCUGGUGGUGGUGGAGGUGAUGCGGGAUCCGAGGCUGGAUCAUACGCGGGGUCACGUGCCGGGUCUGGUUCGGGCGGGAGUUCCGGGUCUGGCCGUGGAAGAGGAGGUGGUGGUGGAGGGGGUCACGGUGGAGGUGGUGGAGGAGGAGGGGGUCAAAGUGGAGGAGGUGGAUCCGGUAACGGAGGAGGGUACGGUGAAGGCGGUGGGUAUGGAGGAGGAUACGGUGAAGGCGGCGACUGAAUGAAGAAUAUUGCAUGCAUGCAAUAUCUUGUCCGUGCUAUGUGUUUAACGUAAUUAUUAUUAUUAGUAGGACAAAAAAUGCUAGAAUAAAAAUAAUUUCCUAAAGUGUGUGAAUAAAGGAGAUGGAAAAAGCUUCUGACGUGUUUGGUUAAUUAUGUACUCUUCCAUUUUCUUGAUGUUAUUGAUGUUUUAACUUUAUGUACUAUAAGUUGUAAUUUUUCAGUCUGAUUGUUGAGAAAAUUGAAUAAUGCAUGCACGUGUGUUCUUUUUCUU